AUGUGGCAAAUACUAAACCCGUCAUCUUGGAUUACUCCCAUGUCUGCAGGAGAAACUAGCUUUACUGCUUUGAAAGGGACCAUGCAAUCAUCUGAGUCGGCUCUGACUCCCUUCUUUGCUACAGAUGACGGAAAGUUCUGGAACUCAGAUAUGGCCAGGACUACAAUUGCAUUCGGAUAUUCUUAUGCUGACACCAUCACGAAAACGGGAUAUAAUGAAGACCUACGUGAGGCACUAGUCAAGAAGAUAAACAUUUGGUACGGUUCUUCUAGCCCUGUCGGGCUAAUGGAGAAAAAAGCUGGCUCCAGAUGGAGCAGUCCUAAAACAAAGAAGCCGGCGAAUAAUGGUCAUGGACGGUCUAGCUUCAGACCCAACAUCAAGUAUGACGCAGAAGAUCCCCACGCCUCGAGCAUCUUCAGGGGAAAUCACUACACCGAAUGGGUCGCAAAUGUCGAAGUCAAUGUCGAAGCUCUAGAUGGCUCAUUCGUCGUCCACUUCUUCUUCGGCCCACCACCACAGGACGAAGACAACUGGCACCUGGCGCCAAAUCUUGCAGGCACGGUGGCCAUUUUCACCAUGAACCGAAUGACGGGGUCCGAAUCCAAAAUAUCUGGGGCGAUACCCUUGACGUCGGCAAUUAUAAAGAUGGUGGCAGCAGGAGAGGUUAACGACUUGACGCCGCAAGAGGUUCAACCAUUUCUUGCAGAUAUUCUCUACUUUGCCGUACAAUCCAGCAACAACUCCCAGGUCGAUCCCAGGCAAGUGGAUGGGCUCAAUAUUUUAGUCGCAAGUUCAAAUGUCAAGAUACCCAGGACACAGUCCGAGCUACCAGAAUGGGGCUCGUCUGUAACCAGGCUGAGACUCUGGCCCUUCAACAGCCCGAAUUAG